AUGGUGCUGAAUCAUGAUGAUACGAAGAAAUACUGGGGCCAGGUUCAGGAGCUUCUAGGGGGCGCUAUAGAGGAUGCACCGGUCGAUUACGUCGUGCUUCUUGGUUCACACGCCCGGGAGCCAAACCUGCUCCACACACUCAAGGAGAUUUUUGAUCGCCAUGACAAUAUUCAGCCCUCAGUGCUCGAACGUUACAUGGGUCCAGAUUUCGGCCUCGGAAAGUAUAAGGACAAUCUACUAUUCCACGGCGCCAGAGCGGCAGCCGCAAUUGCACGAUUUGGCAUGGAAGUCAUGGAGUACUAUUGUUAUAUGCCUGCUUGGUGCGUUCCAGAUGAGGAGGAGCCUGUGAGAUACGUGCGGUCUGAGCUGUAG